AAAUAUUAAUUAAUAAAAACAGAUAAUGUUAACCGUUUUUCUUGACCUUCCUCAAUUUUUUUUGUUGGUAAUUAAUUAAAAAUGCCAUUUCCCGGCGCCAAAAUUCCGACGGCAAUUCCAACUUUCCCGUCACAUAAGGUUGAAUAUGGGCGAUUAUUUGAGGUUGACAACAAUUGGAAAAAUAGAGGUUUGAAAUUAAGUUGGAAUUUUGGAAUUACAAAAUUGAAGCUGAAAAGAAGUAAUUAUCACUCAAGAUUUGUUACUUAUGCUUCUAACGUCUCAGUUUCUGACGCUUCCUUUCCAACUGAUUAUUCUGAGCUUCUUCGUCAAGCGAAAGAAGCUACUGAGUUAGCAAUGAAGGAUAACAUACAGUUGAUGGAGAUUGAGUUCCCAACUUCUGGAUUACAAUCAGUGCCUGGUGAUGGUGAAGGUGGUAUAGAAAUGACUGAGAGCAUGCAGUUGAUCCGUGAAUUCUGUGACCGCCUUGUAGCUCCAGAAAAAGCUACCCGGACCAGGAUAUUUUUCCCAGAAGCCAGUGAAGUAAAGUUUGCGAGAACGUCAGUUUUUGAGGGAGUUUCAUUGAAAUUGGAUUACCUAACUAAGCCAUCUUUUUUUGAGGACUUUGGUUUUGGCACAAAAGUCAAAACGGCAGACCGCGUACGGCCAGAAGAUGAGCUUUUCUUGGUUGCAUACCCAUACUUCAAUGUGAAUGAGAUGCUUGUUGUGGAAGAACUGUAUAAAGAAGCAGUCACUAACACUUCGAGGAAAUUGAUUAUUUUCAAUGGGGAACUGGAUCGAAUAAGAUCUGGAUACUACCCGUCAUUCUUUUACCCAAAGUUGGCUGCACUUACCAAGACAUUGUUGCCAAAAAUGGAAACCGUGUAUUACAUUCAUAAUUUUAAAGGACGAAAUGGUGGAACUCUUUUCAGGUGUUAUCCCGGGCCUUGGCAGGUUCUUAGAAGGACUGGAAACAAGUAUAUUUGUGUGCAUCAACGAGAAACUAUGCCAUCUCUGAAGGAAGUUGCCUUAGACAUCCUUCAACCAGCUUAAUCUUCAUGGCUGCUUCCAAGUAUCUUGUAUAUUGUACUUUCUGAUCGUAAAGCCCCAGGUACAUAAAAACCUUAAGAUUAUUAUCAACUCAAUAAUUGUAAGCAUAUUUCUUCCGUUUAUUGUUUGCUGUUAUUCUGUUCAAUAGUUCCUUGAGAUGCUGUAUUCGGGUGUUCAAAAAAAAAAAAAAAAAAAAAAACUAAACUAUCCAUUGUUAAAUUGAUUGGAAAAACCAAUGUAUUGCCGUUGAGCCCUUGUUAUGAAUAUUUGGAACCUUAUCUCU